GAAAAGUAGGCGUGGAAUUCUGGCGGUUGUUUUCUUGUUUCGCCUCCCGCAGCCAAUGGUAUACGUGUAGUGGGCGGGCGCUUCCCUGUGACGUAGACAGCACAGUCGCAGCGCAGUGCCCCGGAGAGAAAAGCGCUGGCAGGGACGCGCCGUCUGCAGCCAUUCAGCCUUCCCCUGUGCGCGAUGCCUCCUCACCGGGGACUGGCCGGGAGAUCGCUACGGGCGGCCGCGUGACGCGCCAUGACGGGCUCCGCGCUGCAGUUCCUCGGCCGCCAGACUUUGGGCCGCUGGAUGAACGGUGGCGGUAGGGAGCUCUCUGACAGCCUGCUGGACCCGGAGCCCGGGGAGGACCACCACACGCCGAGCCCGCCGCCGGGUGAUUGGUGGAGCUGUCCCGGGGGAGGGUUGUGCUGGUGCCGGAGCCUGGUGCUGUUGUGUGCGCUGAGCGCCGUGUGCUGCGCCUCCUUAGCGCUGGCCCGGCACUACCUGAAGGACCUUCUGUUAUGGGUGGAGAGCCUGGACAGUGUGGUGGGAGUGCUGCUCUUCAUUGUGGGCUUCAUCCUGGUGUCCCUGCCCUGUGUGUGGGGCUACAUCAUCCUCAACGUGGCUGCCGGCUACCUGUAUGGCCUGGUGCUGGGCAUCGGACUGGUCAUCAUCGGGGUCCUCAUCGGCACCUUCAUCGCCCACCUACUGUGCAAGAAACUGCUCACCCACUGGGUGCUGGCCAAGAUCGAGAGCAGCCAACGACUGGGCGCCGUCAUCCGCGUGGUGGAAGGGGGUGGCGGGCUCAAGGUGGUCGCUCUGGCCAGGCUCACCCCCAUUCCCUUCGGAAUGCAAAACGCAGUCUUUUCGAUUACAGAUUUAUCAUUGCCCAACUACCUAGCAGCAUCUUCAGUUGGCCUAUUUCCAACCCAACUUCUUAAUUCCUAUUUGGGAACAACAUUACGAACGAUGGAAGAUGUCAUUGCUGAACAAAGUGUUAGUGGGUACUUCAUUUUCAGUUUGCAGAUCGUGAUCAGCAUAGCUCUUAUGUUCUAUGUGGUUCAUCGGGCACAAGUGGAAUUAAACGCAGCUAUCAUGGCUUGUGAAAUGGAGCUGAAGACCUCUUUGAAGGGCAGCCAACUGAACGGCGGCAGCUCAGUUUUUUGCAGCAAAAGGAACUUAUUGUCCAUGGGUGGAAUUAACAUUGUAUGAUUGCUCAAGCCAUGCCGCCUUCUUUCAUUGCCAAGAUUAUUUCUCUAUCCCUUCAUUGAAGGAAGAAAAUCCUGCACAACUUUCAAACAAACCUUCAAGGUUUUUUGUUUUGUUUUUGUUUUUCUUGUUUUUUUGUUUUUUCUUCUGAGGAUAAUCGACCAGAAUCUCCAAAUUGGAAGCAUUCAUCAGUCGUCGCAUUCUGUGUAUGCCAUGGCAUAUACAAUGCACUUUUUUUUCUGCACAGCUCUUACAAAACCUUUCAUGGCAAAUUUAUUUAUUACUGGACAUAAACUGUUUUAUGAAAUGGUGAAAAAGAACUUGUAUAAAAUAAAUUAUAUUUGUAAUUUUAGCA